AUGUAUGACUAUGCAACAGACACUUUGGUCUCAGUUGUUGAUGUGAGCAUCCCUUAUUGUUCAAAUAACCAAACCCAAUUUCCUGACGAAGAAAAUGCAAAGGCUAUAUCCUUAUUUGAGGAUGUAGUACAUCUAAAUGAUGCUAUCGAGGAUGAAGCUAAGCGUAUGGAGAACUUGGUCAAAGGGAUUUUUGCUGGUAACCUAUUUGAUCUUGGCUCGGCACAGCUAGGCAAUCUAUUCUCAAGGGAUGGCAUUUUUUUUUUAGCUAGUUGCCAAAACCUCAUUCCUCGACCUUGGGUUAUUGAUGACUUGGAUACUUUCAUAACAAAAUGUAGCAGAGAAUCAUGGAAAAAGGCUGUAAUCUUUGUGGAUAAUUCUGGUGCAGAUAUUAUUCUGGGCAUUCUGCCAUUUACGAGAGAUUUACUUCGUCAUGGGACACAGGUUAUUUUGGCAGCUAAUGACUUGCGUUCUAUGAACGAUGUUACUUACCCUGAGUUGGUAAAGAUAAUAUCUAAGGUUUAA